AAAAGAUAAUUAGUUAAUUAGUAAUUGAAUUAGAUACGUUUAGUUAAAUUUAGCAGGAAUACUUGGGGGUUAUUCCCCUACCUUGUGAACCGUGUUGUGGUGUGGUGUGAACGUUGCUGAAUAUUGAUCUUUUAGGUUAGAUCCCUGAGGAGCGAGACACGGCAAUUUUAGAUUCUAGUGGGGAUCAGACAUCGAACCUUGCUCGCGGAACGGGCCGACUCGAGACUAGUUAUAAUUUCAUUCCUGCGGAUAGGUAAAUAUUUCGUAAUACGGUAGUUCUGACAGCGGCAUUGAGCGAAUAUUUUGUGGUGUAUUUUGGGUGGCGUAUACUAUAAGUGUGCGCGGUUUCAUACAUUUUUUUCCUGUGCUUUUUACUAUAGUCCAAAAACUAUACAGUAGCCUGAGAGUCCGCGAGCCGCGUGUAGGUAUAAUGGCAGUCCCCUUGGCAUGCACCAGGUUUUCCGAUAAUUACGAUUUAAAAGAAGAACUGGGAAAGGGUGCCUUUUCCGUAGUGAGAAGAUGUGUUCAAAAAUCUACGGGGUUGGAAUUUGCCGCUAAAAUAAUAAAUACAAAAAAAUUAUCAGCAAGAGAUUUCCAAAAACUAGAGAGGGAGGCGCGAAUUUGUAGAAAGCUGCAACACCCAAAUAUAGUGAGAUUACACGAUAGUAUACAGGAAGAAAAUUUUCAUUAUUUGGUGUUUGACCUAGUGACAGGUGGUGAAUUGUUUGAAGACAUUGUAGCACGGGAAUUCUAUUCCGAAGCAGACGCAUCGCAUUGCAUACAGCAAAUCCUAGAAUCAGUAAACCAUUGCCAUCAAAAUGGUGUAGUACACAGAGAUCUUAAGCCUGAAAAUCUCCUAUUAGCUAGUAAAGCCAAAGGCGCAGCAGUAAAAUUGGCCGAUUUCGGUCUUGCUAUCGAGGUGCAGGGCGAGCAGCAGGCAUGGUUCGGAUUUGCUGGUACACCGGGCUACUUGUCGCCCGAGGUGCUAAAAAAGGAGCCCUAUGGGAAACCCGUGGACAUUUGGGCCUGCGGCGUCAUACUAUACAUCCUGCUGGUGGGCUACCCGCCCUUCUGGGACGAGGAUCAGCACAGGCUCUACGCACAAAUCAAAGCUGGAGCAUAUGAUUACCCGAGUCCGGAAUGGGAUACAGUCACGCCCGAGGCCAAGAAUCUUAUUAACCAAAUGUUAACAGUUAAUCCUGGAAAAAGGAUCACAGCUGCUGAAGCUUUAAAACAUCCCUGGAUCUGCCAAAGGGAACGCGUUGCAUCUGUCGUACACAGACAAGAAACGGUGGACUGCCUCAAAAAAUUCAAUGCAAGACGCAAACUCAAGGGUGCCAUUCUUACUACUAUGUUGGCUACUAGGAAUUUUUCAAGCCGCAGUAUUAUUGUGAAAAAGGGCGAUGGAUCUCAAGUUAAGGAAUCGACUGACAGCUCGACUACUUUAGAAGAUGACGAUAUCAAAGAGGAUAAGAAAGGCGGAGUCGACCGCAGUUCAACUGUUAUUGCCAAAGAUCCGGAAGGCCCCGGGACUCCUCCACAGUCGCCCAGAGUGGCGCCCACCUCAUCGACCGGUUCUCCGUCUAGCUCUAUCGCUACCACGGCGCCUAGGCCGAACGCCCUAAACCUAGGCCAGGCGUUAUUACAAAAUGUGCAAGAAAUACGGAUUGUGUGCCCAGAAAAGCCGUAUUCACAACUAUCGACUAAUUCGCAGAGUUCAGCUAAAAGACAAGAAAUUAUCAAGAUGACUGAGCAGCUUAUCGAAGCUAUCAACACUGGAGAUUUUGAGGCAUAUACAAAAAUAUGCGAUCCCCAUUUAACAGCAUUUGAGCCAGAAGCUAUGGGUAACCUAGUUGAAGGAAUGGAUUUCCACAAGUUCUACUUUGAUAAUAUCUUAGGCAAAAACUGUAAGGCAGUUAACACCACAAUAUUGAACCCUCAUGUCCAUUUACUUGGAGAAGAUGCAGCGUGUAUUGCUUAUGUACGGCUUACGCAAUACAUGGAUAAACAUGGUCAGGCCCAUACUCACCAGUCUGAAGAAAGUCGAGUCUGGCAUAAAAGGGACAACAAAUGGCAAAACGUUCACUUCCACCGCAGUGGAGGCAACGGGGGAGCCGCCUUUGGUUUCAGUUCACAUAAAUAGAACACUUAGCUAUAUAUACAUGAACCGCUCCAGGUUCUACAUAUGUUAUAUUAUAAACUAUUAUUAUUAUUAUUGUGAAAUCUAUUUGUGGUGAUGUGUGAUUCUCAUGUUAUCCGUUUGUUUUUAUAUAUUUAUUUACAUGAGACUAUUCUGAUACCUACAUUUAUAUAAACGGGAUGUUCAAUUGACUCUUUUUUAACAUCUAAAUCGAUGCUCUUAAUUCAUCCUGUAUUUUUUAAACCUUGAUUCCAUAUAGUGUGUUUACUGCAUGUUUAAUUUUCGUGAAACCAUCUCAUAUGGAAUUGACCAUAUUUUUGUUAUCACCCUAUUUGUAGGUAAAUAAUUUUUUUUAGUUACAUACAUAUGACAUGAAUCAUAAUGUUAAAAUUAAGAAUUAUCAUAUGAAUUUAUAAUUCCUAAUUUUAACAUUAUAUGAAAUACCUAUUGUUGAUUUGCCUUCUUGAGACUUAAGCUAAAAUGUUGGUAAAAAAUGGUUGCCAUUGAUUUGUAUGGCAGCUUUGCAGCACACCAAACAUAUUGUAAUCUAAAGUAAGAAGAUACUAUUUAGCCAAAUGUGUAAUUAUGUUAAUAACUUACUUCAUAAUCAGAUGUAAGAGUCAGUGCGACUAGUUUUAUAUUUGUAAAUUAUUGCUUGAUCCUAAAUAGUAGAAUAGUAAAAAAUUAAACCUAUUGAACUACAAUAAAUUAAUAUUUAUUGGUAUAACAUCCUGUAUACACACAUACAAAUAGUUUUAUAUUUAUCAGAAGAAGGGGCCGAACUUGGUAGAUACAUUAUAAACACAAACUAAAAACCUACUAUGUUUCGAAAUUGGGCACUUAAAUAGUAUGUGUAAUUAUCAUAAUUAUUAUGACUUUACCGCCUAGUUAACUGUACCUACUGUUGUUUCUUUAACGCACUGAAUUGUUAAAUAUAUUUAAAAUUCUAGGGACUUAUUGGCUCUUAUAGAGCACUUAUGAAUAUUGUGUUAUAUCUAGCUAUGACCUUUGUAAUCUAAGGUAAUUUAAUUUUAUACAUAGGGUUUUAGUAAUAGUUUACAAAAAUUUAACAAAAAAUAUUCGCACUUUGCUUUCAUUAUAGUUUUUACAAGCAUUUAUAUCUGUAUCGUUGCAUAUGAUAUUUUAAUUGGUAUUAUCUUAAACAAAAGUGUCAGUCAAUUCUUUAUUUGUUUUGAUUUUAAGCAAUGAAUGUUAGAACCUAUAGAACACUUGGUAUAUUUUUUCUAGCGCUAAAAAUUAAAAUUUCGACAUAUAAACAACUACAAAAAAUUAGGAAUUUACUGAAUGUUAGAAAUUUAUCCUCAAAUAAAAUAUCAUGUACACCGUAACUAUGUCUGAAAAUAAAAAAUACUUCCAUUUGACUGUUUAAAAAUAGAAGUAUUGACAUGUUUAGCUCUCUUAAUAUAUAUUUAAUAAAUAAUGCGUAAUCACUACUAUAUCUAAUUUUGUAUCACUCUUUUUGGUAAUUUUAUUAACAUGUUGACAUUUUUCUGUAUCGCUUUGCAUGAAACGAAAAAUAGAGAUAAUCAGAAAGCCAGCUGAGAGCUUAAAUAAAAUCAACCAACGAUUUAAAACGAAAAAGCGUUGCAGAAAAAAUGUCAUUUGCAGGGCGCUUUUUAAUGUACUGCUGCGACAUUAUCGAAUUUAAAAAAUUAUCCACUUACAUGUUUAGAAUAGUUACCCUUUUUAGUGAAUUUGUAGUGAAAUUGUAUUGAAGUGGUAUAUAAAGUUGCUGAAAGUGACUUUAAGCAUGAAUAUUUUUGGGCCUAAAUUAAAUAUUUGUUAUAAUCAACAAUUUUGAGCUUUAUGGACAUAAAACAAAAAAUUUUAUAGUGUGGAAAAUAAUUGAUAUGUAAAUAAAAGUUGAUUAAUAUUGUCCAAAAAAAAAUUAAUAUUUGUUUUUAAUCUUCAAUUUAAUUUAAAAACACACCAACUACCAAAUUAUUAUUUAUCCAUCCUUAAAUUUUGCCCAUAACUAAAACAACAAAUUUAAGACUUUUAUAAAUAAUUGUUUAAAUACUGGAUGUUUAGGAUUAUUUAAACUGCCUUAAAUUUGCAGAAUGAUCUUUUUUGAGCUUAGUAAAUUAUUAGGUACCUUUUUGAUAAAUACAAAUAAGUUUGAUAACUAUAAAUAAAUAGGUUCAUUGGAUAAGCUUUAAAAUACUCUUAUUACUUAUAUUAAGCUCUCUUAAAUAUGCGUUUUUAUAUGUAUUAACCAAUUUUACAAAACUAUGUUGAUAGAAUGAUUAAAAUGGAUAUAAAUAUUAAUAACAACAGUUCUAGUCAGAAGGAUGUUUAAAACUUUUGUGAAAGCCAAAUCUGCCAUAAAUUUUGUAUUUGAGCAAUUCAUGAGAAAACAAAAGAAUAUAUUGGAAUCAGUGUGUAAUGGUGCAGUUUGGUUGCAUAUUUACCUAGUUAGACUCAUAAUGUCCUUACAUGGUUAGACUAUUAAAUUGUUUUAACAUCUUUCUGCCCCACUAAUCCAAUAAGGACUAAUUAAUCUGAUUAAAGGUUUCAAUUUUCCAUAAUAAAAUAUGCAAACCAUCAACUACCAUUAAAAAAAAAUGUAUUGUAAUUAAUUGUCAGAAAGCCGGUUAAAAUUCUUCUGGACAAACUUUUAAAAAGAUUAAUUUAGUAGAUCCAUCUAACUAAUCAAUAAUAUAAUUUUCCAGCCAUUUGCGUAUAUUAUGCAAUGAAAGUAUAUUAUUGCGAUAAUGGUGUAAAAUGUCAUCUACAAACACUGUACUUUAUUUAUAUACUGCGUGUUUGUACAGUUCGUUUUUGUGCAAUAUAAAAAUAGUGUUUAAUGUUGUUUUAAUAUGUAAGUUACACAGUUGCUCAUACUUAAUUUCUGUAUAUUAUAAACAUAUUGUGAAUUUUGUCACUUUAAAUGUAUAUGCCUAUCUAAAUGUACCUCCCAUACUAUUCCUAAUUUUAUUUUAUAAUUUGUUUAGUCACAUAUUUGAGUAAUGUUAAUACUGUAAAAUGUAUAUAAAAAGUCUUAUUAAAUUUUUGCUUAUUCUAUCAAAUUAACGGUUUCCCUAUACAAUAAAAUGUUUGAGAAAAGCCACUUUUAUGGAA